AUUCACAACCUGGCCCUUGCUCCGCUUCUUGCUCGCAGCAUCUGCCUCUGCUCUCAGCCAUGAUCGCCAGACAGCAAAGCGUCCGCGGAGCAGCCCGGGGCUUUAGCGGUGGCUCAGCCAUUGCCGGAGGAGUCAAGAGGGUGGCCUUCAGCUCGGCCUCCAUGUCCGGGGGUGCAGGCCGCUGCUCCUCAGGGGGCUUCGGCAGCAGGAGCCUCUACAACCUCGGGGGCCACAAGAGCAUCUCCAUGAGCGUGGCGGGGUCCUGCCAAGGUGGUGGCUACGGGGGUGCCGGAGGCUUCGGUGUCGGAGGCUUUGGUGCUGGCUUCGGUGCUGGUGGCUUUGGCGGUGGCUUCGGAGGCUCCUUCAACGGUCGAGGUGGUCCCGGCUUCCCCGUCUGUCCUGCUGGAGGGAUUCAGGAGGUCACCAUCAACCAGAGCCUGCUGACACCUAUCCAGGUGGAGAUUGACCCGGAGAUCCAGAAAGUCCGCACUGCAGAGCGGGAGCAGAUCAAGACCCUCAACAACAAAUUUGCUUCCUUCAUCGACAAGGUUCGGUUUUUAGAGCAACAGAACAAGGUCCUGGAGACCAAAUGGAACCUCCUCCAGCAGCAGACAACCACCACAUCCCCCAGGAACCUGGACCCUUUCUUUGAGACUUACAUCAAUGCCCUGAGGAAGAAUCUGGACAGUUUGACAAAUGACAAAGGACGCUUGCAGUCAGAGCUGAAGCUCAUGCAGGACAGCGUGGAGGACUUCAAGGCCAAGUACGAAGAUGAGAUCAACAAGCGCACAGCUGCAGAGAAUGACUUCGUGGUCCUCAAGAAAGAUGUGGACGCUGCCUACAUGAUCAAGGUGGAGUUAGAGGCCAAGGUGGACAGCCUUAAGGAUGAGCUCAACUUCCUGAGGGUCCUCUAUGAAGCGGAGCUGUCCCAGAUGCAGACACACGUCUCAGACACCUCUGUGGUGCUGUCCAUGGACAACAACCGGAACCUGGACCUGGACAGCAUCAUCGCCGAGGUCCGCGCCCAGUACGAGGAAAUUGCUCGGAGGAGCAAGGCAGAGGUCGAGUCCUGGUACCAGAUCAAGGUCCAGCAGCUCCAGAUGUCAGCUGACCAACAUGGCGACAGCCUGAAGAGUACCAAGAAUGAGAUCUCAGAGCUCAACAGGAUGAUCCAGAGGCUGCGGGCAGAGAUUGAGAACAUCAAGAAGCAGUGCCAGACCCUGCAGGCAUCUGUGGCUGAUGCGGAGCAGCGUGGGGAGCUGGCCCUCAAAGAUGCCUACAGCAAACGCACAGAGCUGGAGGCCGCCCUGCAGAAGGCCAAGGAGGACCUGGCCCGGCUGCUGCGCGACUACCAGGCGCUCAUGAACGUCAAGCUGGCUCUGGAUGUGGAGAUCGCCACCUACAGGAAGCUGCUGGAGGGCGAGGAGUGCAGGAUGUCUGGAGAAUGCCAGAGUGCCGUGAGCAUCUCGGUAGUGGGCGGCAGCGCCAGCAUUGGCGGCAGUGCCGGCAUUGGCCUUGGCCUGGGAGGCGGUUUUGGCUCUGGUUCCGGUUCUGGAAGCGGCUUUGGGUUUGGUGGUGGUGUCUAUGGCGGUUCCGGUUCCAAGAUCACCUCUACCACCACCAUAACCAAGAGGUCCCAGCGAUAGAAGAGACGGGCGCUGAUGGCCCUGAGCCCAGCAGGGUCAGCCAUUCCUGGUGCCUUCGUGUUUCCUCCACUUCAUCUCCACUUCUUCCUGUUGCUCAUCUUGUUAGUUUCCCCACUCUGCCUUGGUCCCUCGGUUCCGGAACAAUCUUCUGGCCACGGUGUGGCCUCCGCCCUCUUGGAGCCUGGUAGUGUCUUCUCAGCUUGGGCCAGGUGACCCUUCUGCAAUGGGAGGGGCAUCUGAUUUCACCCCAAUGGACAGAGGAGGUGAAGACCAGCAGCUCCUUCUUCAGAACUGUCAUGUGCGGCCCGUCCAGUCACACCAGCCUCCAGCAGAUCCUGGCCAUCCAGCUGCCACAACCGUGCCCACUCUCCACUGACGGGCUCUGCCAGGCUAAGACAAAGACUGCUCGCGGUCCCGUUCAACCCUGCUCCUCUCUCUGCUCAUCCCCAAUAAAACUCUUUUGUCAUUCA